UUUUUUAUUUCGUCUCUUUUACCAGUAUACUUACUUUGUUUUAAUAGUUCUCCUGGUUGUUUUGUUUGAACAACUAUUCCAAGUAUGAUUCUAGAUCUAUGUUUGGAAUAGUGAUGAGAUUAUUUUAUUUAUAGAAGUGUUUAUAUAUUUAUCUGCUAACUAGAUUAACACGUUUUUUUCUUAAAUUUCAGAGGGAUCUUGUUCUUGAAGUGAUAUAUCAACUAACUAUCUAUUCUUGUUAUAAUUAGAUCAAUCAUGAUUCAAUCAUUAUGAUAUUACUUCAUCCACAUUUAACUUUGAAAUUGCAGAUAUGGCACCUAGGGGGGGUGGACGUUGUAGAUAUUCUGGAAAAAGGACAGAAGAUCCAGUGGCAUCUCCUCUAAUGUCGAGUUUCGCACGUGAUCAAGCAUCAUCAUUGCCUGAACUGCCAACACCAGUUACGCCAGAUUCAGUUGUAGUCAACAUAUCGGGACCAUCUUCAUCUGUGGGGAUCGAAAUACCAAGGAAUGACAUUGUAUCCACAACUUUGUCAAAUACAACUGAUGGUACCCGCAUCCCAAUUGAAAUCGUCAUGGGACGUUUGGAGCCAAGUAACAAUGUAUCUCGGGCGAUCACAAAAAUCUUUAAGGAAAAAUUGGAUCCUGAAGGACAUGAUUGGAAGUCAGUUACACCAGAGAUUAAGGACUUCUACUGGGAGGAGUUUAAGGUAAACCAUACUACCUGGGUUUUUUUUGUAACUAUUGAUUUUGUUACGAAAGUAAAACCAUACAGCUCAAACAAGAACAAAAUAAAAACAUAGUUGAUGAAAUAGAAACACUACAACUAGCUAAAAGAUAAACUUAGGUUGCUUCAUCUGCUACAUCUAGAACAAGAGAAAAUAUUUAGGGAUACAAGUUCAUAGUUUCUAACAAUGCAGUCAAUUUCCUAUUGUUAUUACUCUUUUGAAACACCUCUUGGAUAACUUGUCUAACUAAACUUCAGGUCGUCUUUGUGUGCCUUUGAAAACACAUGGAUUCCUUUCAAUUCAAAUAUGGUAUACAUUACCAGCCUAGAAAGUUCUAUAUAUAUCUGCUUUGGGACUCUUUCCUUUCAUUAAGUUACUCACCCAUUCUACUUCAUCCCUCCUUC